AUGUUUAGACAAUUAUUUCAUGUAAUGCUAGCAUGCUAAGUUGUGACUUUUUGAGUGAAGGCCUCAAGGCUCACCAGUAUAGGCUGGUGCGAGUGCAGGACCAUGUCCUCUGAUUUUAAUUCUCUUCAUUGGUCCUACAGGGCCUGAGGUGGUUGAACUUCAAUACAUAAUUCUAGGAGCCCAUUGUUGUUACAGUUUGUGAAAUACUGCAAUUUCGAAGUGAUGAUCUGCUAUAGAAAAGUAUAUUAAAAAACUGACCUGUUCUCAGAUAUGUCAUUCAGUUGAGUGGAAAUGGGCAAGAAUAUUUCUGUAUGGAAAAGAGGGGGGAGGAGGGAGGGCUGUUUUGUGGUCUGUGUUUAUAACAUUAUACAUAACAGUGAUACUGUCCCUAGAACAAGGGUUCUCAACCUGUGAGUAGCUCCCUCCCUCACCAAAGCCUAUACCUGCAGCCCUAAAGGGCGUUAAUAAUUGUUUUCUUGCGAAACUGGCGUACCCAUUCAUUUCUUUUAAAGGGGAUACAGUCCCAAUUGAGAAGAGUCAUAGCCUAGAAAUGACAUCUCUCAGAUCUAGGCGAAGAGUUAAGGUUUGUUGCAAGUCACAGGGCAAAGAUAAUGUGAGAUGGCAAAGGUGCAGUAGGCCUAAUGGAGACGCUCUGUGUUUGGGGUGGAGUAUAGGCAGCAAGCAAGGGGAUCAGCUAGUGUUAGUGUUUCAUAGGUGGGUACUAUGGGUUGAUUUAAAGUGUCUUUCAAGACUGAGCAGCUUCUCAAAGAGAUUCCACAUCAUGACAGGACUGAUGAGGAGGAAAAGAGGAGAAGGAAAUGCCAUCAGAGAUUCAGUAUUUUGAUGGUAAUGCGACAAAGUGCAAUAUUGGGAGGUAGUUAAGAAAUAUUUAGACCUUGUCUCCUGAAGGCAGGCAGGAACAGGACACCUACCUUAUUUCAGUCUUGAGAGACUCUAAUAUUGUCUUUCAGGAUUAAAAAAAAACAAAACAAAAAAAAAAAAACACCUUUGUCCCCAUGUCAGAGAAUCUGAGACCCUUUCCACAGACACUUUUAACUUCAGAGUUAUAUGUUAUUAUUUAGGUAGAGGGGAAGAAGUAUGAAGCCUGCAGGGCAUUUGGAGAGCCAUAGACCUCCCCACAAAUUUUCUCCCCACUUGUAAACAGGUUGAGAAUCCCUGUUUUAGACUAUAUAUAUAAAGAUAAUUCUAUACUGAACCCUUAUGGAGGUCUUAGCUGCCACAAUGGGACUUGUUUUGGCAGCUCACAUCAUAUUAACGCAGAUACCCCAAAGCAUAUUCCAGUCUGCAGUAUAGGCAAAAUCCUAACGCAGAGUAGUCACAAAAUACACAUUGUGUUUGAGUAAGUUGGGAAAAAAUGCUAGUAUCCACUUGAAAGAGUCCUGAAGUGUAAAACCAGUAGUGCGUGUGACUUGAAACGCUCAUGGUUACAAUUUGUGCAGGUCUUGGUUAAACAACCAAGUUUUACACCCUUGUAGAAAAGGUAAUUUAAUGUUUUCUUUUUCAGGCUCCUCCAUUGCCAUCCUCCUCAUCUUGACAUUUUUUCAUGGACAUUAAAUGAAAACUUUUCUGAUAUUCAGGAAGUGACCCAGUUCUGCACCACUGAUUUUUGUAGCUAUCCCGUAAGGCUGCUGGCUGAAAGCUGUGUCUAUGCAACCUUCCAA